AUGUCGACCGAGGACUUAGAAGCACAGGAAUUAAAUACAGUCGAUGUCACAAUAGAAGUCGAUGAUGAUUAUCUUGACGAUGAUUGUGAUUUGCAGGUAAUCUUUACUUCUUCUUUAAAAAUGAGAAAAAACCCUUACUGCAUCUAGCAAAGUCUAAUGAUGCUAAGAAAAAGCGAAAAAAAAAAUUAUCAUCUUUACCAAUUUAUAAAGUCUUUUUGAAAUUUAUUUUUGAAUGAUUCAAAGCUUGUUGAUUUUUUUUUUCGUCUCAUUUUACAAUUUUCAAAACAGAAAUAUUUUUUGCAAUUUUUUGAUACCGUAAUGACAAGAAUUGAUUGAAAACCGUGAAAGUUUGUAUACAAUUUAUCAAACCUUUUACUAAAGCCAAAGCAAAUUAAUUUCUAGGCAAGAGCGGCAGAUCGGCCUAAAAACAUAUUGGAGCACAAAAUCGAAAUCGAUGAGCCCAUUUCUCUUCAAGCUGUUCGAAUUUCAGUAGAUCCUCGAGUCAGGUGAUUUUUCGAGCGUUUUCAGGAAAGUCCCAAAGUUGCGUGAAUUGCGAAAAAAAAAAGUUCAAUCAUUUUUUUCCGCUGAACUUAUAUUAAAAGCACCAGUCUAUCCUUUUGGACAGAAAGUGAGUAAGUUCUUCCAAAUUUGUUAAUGAUAAUAAUAAUAAUGGUUUAUUCCCAGCCAUACUCAGCAUUAGAAAAAAAAUUUUACCACCAAUUUCCGUUUUAUUUUUCAGUAUUCCAAACUUUAGUUGUUUUUCAGGGUCCGGGAUCUUAGCAAUGAAGUUAUGGAAACGCUUUGUAUCCAUCUCAACCAUCCUUCUUUCCUUUCGAUGUUGAAUUGGAGGGCAAUCGCGAGGUUUUUCAAAUUGGAUUCUCUGGCAAUCGAGGUGAAUUUGUAGUUUUUCUCGUUGUUUUGUAGUCCACAGAGCUGUCUCGUGAGACAAAUACUUUUUUGUAAAGACGGAAAAUUGUUUCCGUUGUUUCGCAGAGAAAAAAAAAGUUGUUCUGAGGAAAUGGAGGAAAAAGUGAACUUCCUGACUUUAUGAGAAAAUGUUAUGACAAGCUGAUCCUUGGCUUUUGAAGCAAAGAUGCUGAUUCUUUAUAUUUCAAACGGAAAAAUUACGAAAAAAAGUCGGUGCGAAAUUUUCAGUCCAAUCAUUUCAGAAAAUCGAUGCUAGCGAAAGACCAACCGAAAUGAUGCUCAGUUUCCUCGAAAAUCACUCGGCACAAAAGUUUUUUGAUUCUCUGAUAGAGUCUCAUCGGAUAGACACUCUAUAUGCAAUUCUGAAACUCAAGCGCGUUGGAAAACUUCUGAAAAACACAGAAUUCAGAGGUACCUAUAAUCAAAAGAAAUAAUGAAAAAUUAGUGUUUCAGGCUAUCACUCCGUUUCCACAACUCAAGCGUUUUCCGGUCCACACGUUCCUCAAGAAGAUUACGGGAAAUGUAACAAAUUCGCCGCUUUUGUCUACUUAUUUUCAUGAAUUCAGAUAUCCUGGUCACGCACUUUGAGAAGGAAAAAUCGGAACGGAGCGACUAUAAAUGGUUUCGCAAAAACAUCGAGUAAGACUUCAAAUAUUUCUCAAAAUUCAUUCGACUGCUGCAUCGCUUUCGGCUCAAACUAUCUCUUAAACCAUUUUUACUUUCAAAUAAUUAUAUUUUUCUUACUGAUCGAACUUUAUAAUUUCAGUGAUUUCCUGAAAAGAAGAAGCAAUAUGACUGUUAUCGACGUGAAUUCUUUAAAUGCCGAAGAUCAUGGAAAUCAAAUGGAAAUUAUCGACCGGGUUUUCAAGCAGGUCAUCUUGAAAAAAAGUUUUUCUAUUUUUCUAGAUAAAACUGUUUUUCAGGUUCCUCAUAUUGUUGUUUGCUACUCGGUUUCCUACAUAAAUGCGGUAAAGUAUCCGGAUUCUUCUCCUCAAGCUCGAACUCAACAGUACAUCCACAACUUGAUGGGUGCUGAAUUUCUACAGAACAACAUGAGAAAUGAACGAUUUCGAGCUGUUUUGUUUCCGGUGGGUUUUGAAAACAAUGUGAUAAAUUUAUUGGCAUUUUAAGAGAAAUAUUCAAAACUUUUCGGGGUGUUAAAAAGAUAAUCGAAAGAGAUUUUUCUGUGUAUAUUUUUUUCAAGCAAUUAUUCAAACAAAAAGGUGAAAUAAGGUGUUCAUAAUCAUAAUCCAAAUUAUGAAAUCGAAAUCUCAAUUUUUCAAUGAGAUAAGCUAUCACAACCUACCCAAAUUUCCACUUCAAUCAAAACCAGCAGCUUCUGAAAUAAAUUCCUUACCAACAUAUUCUUUGAGUUUUCAACUUCUUUACCUUUCUCAGGGGGUUCAAUCGAAAGACCUGAUCGGCUGGGCGCUCCUCACUAUCCAGUACGAGUUUCCUGGUCCCAACAUUGGAAAAUUCUUCGAGCGGCUCGUCAAAAACCGCGACAGUCUUAUCAGCUAA